AGAAACACGCUCAGUGUGACCGGAAGUAGUGUGCAGCUUCAGUUCCGGUUGUAAUUGUGGUGUUUUUCUCAGGUUUGUCAGAAGGUGGCGGUUCCGAUGGGCACAAAUCUGGAGCGCAGCCCGCGGACACUACUGGUCUGUGAAAGGUCCAGUUUAUUGGAUGAAAAGAACCGGCUUAGCGCCCAGGUGGAGCAGCAGCACUUUAAUCACAAGGUGACUGUGCUGCUGCCCGAGUGUGACUCCGCCCCCUCUCAGCUGGAUGUGGCAUUGAAGAGUUUCCAAAGUUUCUAUUUGAUCCGGAAACUGCCGCUCUAUGAACUGCUGAACAAAGACUUUCUGCAGGCUGCUGUGUGCCAAGGAGGGGUGUAUGGCCUGUCAUAUAAGACUCGCAUUGAGGAAGACAACUGUGUCUUCCUAUUGCCAAAUGGACGCCUGUGUCUUUCUUUGGACAAGGACUCCUACGAACUGUUGGGGGUUGAAGGGAAAGCGUGGAAGUCAAAGUUGCCAAGAUACGUCAUUACUGUUGAUAUGACUCUUGGUGAGCGGGGUUACCAGCGUCUACUCACAGGUCUGACGUCACGACUUCCAUUAAAGAUGGACUUCCUGUUGUCGUGUCAUUUAGGGGGUGGAGCCGUACUGCAGCCACUCCUUUCACGAUAUGAUUGGUCCGAGCACACACCGAAGGUCAGAAGUCAAACGCUGACACAACUGCCCUGUCCUGCUCUGCUGACCUCUGACCUGCAGUCAUACGACCCAUUCAGCUUGCUGGAGUGGCUCGGCGCUGUGGCCGCCGACGUGAGCUGUGACAACAAGUCUGGCAGCUUCCUGUCCUCGUUGGCGUAUCCAGAACCGACAAACACAACCGCUCAGAGCCUUAGCCUUUCUGUGUGCGGCCUGCUACUUCCUCGUGACAUCCUGGCGCUCAUUCAAGAGCUUAGGCGUUACCUGGAGCGGCCCCGCUCGAUGUCCUGGGUGGCCAUGACGGUUCAUGGCUUCAUUGAUAAUCUGCACGCGCAUGGUGGACCUUUCUACACUCUGGUCCUCUUCCAAGACCAAAUCUACUGCCUGCACAUGGCCACGCCUACCACAUGACCACACCUACUGCCUGCACAUGGCCACGCCUACCACAUGACCACACCUACUGCCUGCACAUGGCCACACCUAAACUGUGACUACACCUACUGCCUGCACAUGGCCAUGCCUAAACUGUGACCAAAUGUUCCAAUGGAACAUCCAUCCAUCCAUCCAUCCAUUUUCUACCGCUUGUCCCUAUAUGGGUCGCGGGGGUUGCUGGAGCCCAUCCCAGCUGCAUUUGGGCGGAAGGCGAGGUACACCCUGGACAAGUCGCCACCUUAUGUUCUUCAAAACUGAAUUGUUUAUGGAAAGGGACUUGUGGCAGUUAUUGAAAGUAGUGAGCAUUUACAAAUGUACAGGUGAUGUGGUAGUGACAGACAAGUUGAUACGGGCAACGCUAAACAGCACGUUGGUCCUCUCCAUAGGAAAUAUGAGUACAGCAAAAACUUAAAAGUACUGCAGGAGGAAGUUGUUUUUUUUUUCACCAAAGCACAUCCAUCUUAAAAUAGCACAACAAUAAUACAGAAGAGUAACAUGUUCACAUUAAUGAAUGUUU